UUAUGGUUUGAGUGUAAAACUUGAAUUAUGGUGUAUAACGUUUGAAUAAAAUAAUCAUUCAGACUUAUUUAUAUGAAUGGUGCCAAUCAGUCUGGAAAGCAUUGUAUUAAUGGUACAAAAUCCAUACCACACAAGUGACAGUGUUUAACCUGAAAGGUAUCGUAUAACACUUCUUUUCCUCUUAAAGUGUAGCAUGCCUCAGAGAGGAAAUGGGCCAUGUAUUGCAGGAAAGGUUAAUAUCCAUGCAGUGAGUCUUACUGCAAUUGUGUUCUAGAGCAACCACUAUUUCCUCAAAGCAGCAUUAGAAUAUAAACACUGUGUAAUAAAUGAAACCACCAAGGAACAAAUGGAGUAGGAGUUUGAACACACAGUAAACCCCAACACAUUCAUGCCCAGCACCUUAUGUCUAUCAGCAUCUGUGUUGCAAUCAGAUUGUUGCAAUAUUUAGAGGAAGCAACAUGCAUACGUGUGCAUGAAGACUUUCUUUAACCCGCCUCUACUGAUUUCGUUGAUCAUAAAAGAGAACACUCCUCCCUACUUGUUUCAAAUACCAGUUCUUGCUUCCUUCCCAAAUAUAGUGUGGAGUAUUCUCUCCUACCUUUGGCUCAUCGCUGUCCGCAGGCAGACUGCUGCAAUUACAGAAAUCCAAUGGACGCGUUGCGGGUGCUGCAGAUGGUAUUGACCAUGCUGAUCUUCUUGGUGGGUGUAACGCUGAAUGGCCUGGUAGUUUGGGUGCUGGGAUUGCGCAGGAGGCUAAGGAGUGGAUCCACAGGAGGUGAAACACAGGGUGCUGGAAGCUUCCGGAUAUACGUCGUGAACCUGGCUCUGGCUGACCUAAUGUUAAUUUUGCGCAUACCUGUCAUGCUAGGCUAUCUAGCGAACAACUCUAGCUGGCCCUUUGAGAAGGCAGUGUGCCAGUUGGUUAUGGUCCUGCGCUGCCUAGGAUUAUAUGCAGGGGCCUUUUUGCUGAGUGCCAUUGCCCUGGAACGGUGCUUGUGCAUAUUACAGCCUGUCUGGGCUCGAAUGAGACGCCCACGCUGGGUGGUGCCACUUGUCUGCAUCUUGCUAUGGGCAUUGGCUUCUGCCCUCUCUGUGCCUUACAUUACAGCUGCUGGACUCAAAGAUGUUAAAAAUAGGACCCAGUGCAAAGAAAAUGUUAACGACACUGGACGAACGAUGCUGCUUGUGGUGGAGUCGGUGGCAGGUUUCCUGCUUCCUUUGGUAAUUUUCAUAUCCUGCAAUCUGGCUAUUAUUAUUACCGCAAAAAGGGCCGAGAGUGGGUCAUCAGUGUCCAGUGCACCUGCCUCCACACCUAGUUCCCCUACUGGAACUAUUUACACAGCACAGAGACUGACCCGCCUCUACCGGAUCCUCUUCUUAACCAUGAUCCUGUUUCUUACUUGUUGGGUGCCGUACUUCACCUGCCGCUUCCUCAAAGCACUGGCUACUGUACGGCCUAGUUUAGUCAACCUUCAAGCAGGAGCAGAAGGGGGCAUAUACGUGGCAUUGUAUCUGGUGUACCUCAAGAGCGCGCUCAACCCAAUUUUGUACGUAUUCGCUGCUCGCGGACUGAGCCGCACUCUCCGUGCCUCACUGCUCUCAACAAUCGCGCGGGUCUUUAACGAGGAUGUGUCCGAAUCCCUGCGCAGGAAGUCCUUGCGGAGAAAAGACUCGCAGAUCUGAGGACAUUUUAGUAAUAACUUCGACGAUGGAUAUUACAAAACUCGCUUGCUCUCUUGAGGAAGCUGUGGUCAAAACUAAACAAGUGAAACAAGUGCCUGACAAGCAGUCUAUCUGAACAUCUGAGGAUGUAAGAGACAGGAUAUGGGCCUCAAAUAUUAAGUUCAUAUCAUUCCAUACCAGAAAGCAGAUACGGACCAAAUGGUGAACUAUUAAGAUUUCCUCCACUCUCUUCAAUCCUGAGAGUCACUGUUCAGUGAUGAUUAUUAAUUAUUCAUUGAAUUUAUUCUUAAAAGAAACGUUAACUCAAACUGCACAUCUACUGAAGAGAAGGCAUACAGUUAUAUAACUCAUUUUAGCUUGUGGGGAAAAAACAAAAAAACAGCAGCACUCACUUCUUUUCUUGCUCAACAUUUUUCAGUGACAUUCAUCAAAGAAAUCCAGUGUAAAACUAGUGGACAUAUCUAUGAGAUAUCAUGAAUAGCUUUGAUCAAGGACAAUGGUACUAGAUGAUCGAUGAAGCUUUGGAACCUUUGUUUGAGCAGAGUGUACAGAUGAGGAGGUGAGCGAUCUGGAAAGACUGAAGGACUAAAGUACCAAAGUACCGCUGCGUCAGCCUCUUUAGGAUGAGAUCUGGCGAGGCCUAAAUCUCGCAAUGUUAGGUUAUGUUAUGUUAAGACUAUUUUAAAGUGUUUCAUUAUUAAAAGGAUAUACUUCUGUUGUGAUGUCAUAAAUUUCAUUAAAAUACUGAAACAACUUGCACAA